UGUUAUUCUCUUCGACCGGCGAGGAAUUAGCAUCGGAUUGGCGGCGAUGGUCGAGACCCGCCGGAGUUCCGCUUCUUCGAAGCGCCCUAUCUCUUCUCCGUCGAACUCCUUGCAAUCCACUGCAAAGCGCUUCAAGGUUGAGGAGUCGGGAUCUUUGAAAGGAGAUCGGGCGAAUUUGAAGAAAUCAGCGGUGGAUUCCUGGCAGCAGGCAUCGGAUCCGUGCGCCUCCGAUCCGCCCAGGGAGUCGUUGGACAAGGCGCCGGCGCAGGAGGAGCGGACCAGCGAAACGGCGGCGCGAGGGUGUGGUCAUGCCGAGGCAGAGCCCUUAACGAAGUUGCUGACGCCGUUGGAUUUGCCGAAGAAGAAAGUGGUGAAGACGCGACCCAAGCUUCCAUGGGGACGAUUAAUCUCUCAGUGCAAACAGAACCCUCACGUUCCUAUAUGCGGGUCUCUUUUCACUGUUGGUCAAAACAAAAAAUGCGAUUUACGUUUGGAAGAUCAAUCUAUAAGUCCAACACUAUGCAAGUUGAGGCACACAGAGCAUGGAGGUGCAUCAGUUGCUGUGUUAGAAAUCUCAGGGAGCAAAGGUUUUGUACGAGUUAAUGGGAAGAUCAUUCAACAAAGUUCUAACAUUAUCCUCUCUGGAGGGGAUGAGGUUGUUUUCAGUUCAACUGGAAGACAUUCUUAUAUAUUUGAGCAACUUGGGAUUGAGAAAUUAACUACACCGCCGUUACCCUCCUCGCUUAGCAUGACAGAAUCACAGGUCUCCCCUGCCCGAGGAAUUCAGCUUGAAGCUCGAUCAGGUGAUCCAUCGGCUGUUGCUGGUGCUUCAAUACUGGCUUCUCUUUCAAAUCAUAGAAAGGACAUACCAGUUCCUCACCCGGGAUCCAACUGUCAAAACAUUCAUCAAGGACUGGAAACACCAACCCUGCCCUCUGUUUGUGAUGCUUCAGACAUUGUCCUUCCUGAUCUUGAUAUAAGUGGUGACUUGGAGAGGGGUCCAACUGAACACAAUGGUGUCAAUGGGCCUCCUGCCUCUGAUUUUGCUGCUAAUGAAGCCUUUCAACUUAGUACUAUUGGUUUGAAUGCUCAUUUUGCCUUAGAAAUUGAAAAGUUUUAUAGUGCUAAAUUUAAAUUAAGACCAUAUGUCUUGAUGAACACAGGAUCGCCAGCUGCUGAUUUGGAUUUGAGUGGGAACAUGUUCAAAGUGCCUGAAGAUCAAAGGGAGGUGCGGAAGGAUCUUGAUUGUUCUGAUGUUUUGCCUACCAAUCGGUUCCAAAUUUUCAAGGAUGGCUUGAGACAAGGGAUUCUCAGUGCUUGUGAUUUGCAAGUUUCCUUCGAUGAUUUUCCCUAUUACCUAAGUGAAAAUACAAAGAGCAUGCUGUUAUCAACUGCAUACAUACACUUGGAAUGCAAAGAAUUUAUUAAAUUCACUUCAGAUAUUUCCUCUGCAAGCCAACGGAUUUUAUUAUCUGGCCCUACUGGAUCUGAAAUUUAUCAAGAAACUUUGACGAAGGCCCUUGCUAAACACUUCAAUGCUAGGCUUCUUAUUGUAGAUUCUCUUCUGCUACCUGGUGGAUUGCCAUCAAAGGAUUCAGAGCCUAUCAAAGAAGGUGGAAAAAGUGAGAAACCAAGCAAUCCUUCUAAACAACGAGCUGGACAAGUUGAAACAGUACAGCUUAAAAGACCCGCUUCCAGUGUUGAGGCCGAUAUUGUAGGGGCAUCUGCAUUUAAUUCCCAAUCCUUGUUAAAGCAGGAGACUUCAACCGCAUCAUCAAAAAACUAUACCUUUAAAGAAGGUGAUCGGGUGAGAUAUGUGGGUCCAUUGCAUUCAACAGGAUUUUCUUUGCAAGCUCCCCAAAGGGGUCCAAACUAUGGUUAUAGAGGGAAAGUUGUUCUUACGUUUGAAAAUGAAUCCUCCAAAGUUGGUGUGCGAUUCGAUAGGCAAAUUCCUGAUGGUAAUGAUCUUGGGGGUGUUUGUGAAGAAGAUCGUGGGUUCUUUUGCCACACUGACUUACUUCGUCUUGAUUAUUCUGGUGGUGAGGACAGUGAAAGGCUUGCCAUUAAUGAGUUGCUAGAGGUUGUAUGUGAAGAAAGUAAAAGUGGCCCUCUAAUAAUAUUUUUGAAAGAUAUUGAGAAAUCUUUGGGGGGAAGCACAGACUCGUAUUUGACCUUGAAAGCAAAACUUGAAUUGGUACCUGCUGGUGUUCUUGUGAUAGGUUCCCAUAACCAGAUGGACAGCCGUAAAGAAAAGUCACAUCCUGGUGGUUUUCUUUUCACAAAAUUUGGGAGUACCCAGACAGCACUUUUGGACUUUGCUUUUCCGGAUAACUUAGGUAGACUUCAUGAUAGAAACAAAGAAGUCCCCAAGGCAAUGAAGCAACUAACAAGGCUAUUUCCCAAUAAAAUUACCAUCCAAAUACCACAGGAUGAGGCCCAGCUAUUAGAUUGGAAACAACAGUUGGAUCGAGAUGUUGAGACUCUUAAGGCCAAGGCUAACAUUCUUAGCAUCCGAUCUUUUCUGACUCGAAACGGAUUAGAUUGUUGUGACCUUGAUACUGUGUGCAUUAAAGAUCAGACACUUACCAACGAAAGUGUUGAUAGAAUAGUUGGUUUUGCCCUAAGUCAUCACCUUAAGCUCCACAGAACUGAAGUGCCUGUUAAAGAUGCCAAGCUAACUUUUUCUGGCGAUAGCAUUAAGCAUGGACUAACUAUGCUACAAAAUGUUCAAGCUGAUGCUAAGAGUUCAAAGAAAUCUCUUAAGGAUGUGGUCACAGAGAAUGAAUUUGAGAAGCGACUUCUUACUGAUGUUAUACCACCAAAUGAUAUUGGUGUAACUUUUGAUGACAUUGGAGCCUUGGAGAAUGUAAAGGACACGCUGAAGGAGCUGGUGAUGCUUCCUUUGCAAAGGCCAGAAUUGUUUUGCAGAGGACAAUUGACAAAGCCAUGCAAGGGAAUACUGCUCUUUGGUCCUCCUGGUACGGGAAAAACCAUGCUUGCUAAAGCUGUUGCAACAGAAGCUGGUGCAAAUUUUAUUAACAUAUCUAUGUCAAGCAUAACUUCAAAGUGGUUUGGGGAAGGAGAAAAAUAUGUGAAAGCAGUGUUCUCAUUAGCAAGUAAAAUAGCUCCAAGUGUUAUCUUUGUUGAUGAGGUUGACAGCAUGUUGGGAAGACGUGAAAAUCCAGGAGAACAUGAAGCCAUGCGAAAGAUGAAAAAUGAAUUCAUGGUCAACUGGGAUGGGCUGCGCACUAAAGAUAAAGAACGUGUUUUAGUCCUUGCUGCCACUAAUAGGCCUUUUGAUCUUGAUGAGGCUGUAAUAAGGAGGCUUCCACGGAGGUUGAUGGUAAACCUCCCUGAUACAUCAAACAGAGAAAAGAUUCUCAGAGUAAUAUUGGCCAAAGAAGAUCUGGCUCCAAAUGUUGAUUUGGAAGCACUUGCAAGUAUGACUGAUGGAUAUUCAGGAAGUGAUCUAAAGAAUCUUUGCGUCACUGCUGCUCAUUGCCCCAUUAGAGAAAUUUUAGAGAAGGAAAAGAAGGAAAGAAACCUAGCACUUGCAGAAGGCAGAUCAUCACCUACAUUGCAUGGGAGUGAAGACAUUCGCCCUCUAAAUAUGGAUGAUUUUAAGUUUGCGCAUGAUCAGGUGUGUGCCAGUGUAUCAUCAGAGUCGGCAAAUAUGAAUGAACUUAUUCAGUGGAAUGAUCUGUAUGGCGAAGGUGGAUCAAGGAAGAAGACAGCGCUUAGUUAUUUCAUGUAGUUAAGAAUUCCACCCAAGUUUGCUGUACAGUCUUGAAUCUUGAUCUUACACCCUUUUGCUGCAAGAACUCACUCAGUUCAGUUGGGGGAUCGACAUCGAACGCUAUGCUGUCGUAGGUUCUCAUUGUACAAUAUGCAUGUUGAGCCAUUUAUUUAUUUUUCUUUGUUUUGGUAUAAAUUUAACUCCAGAUCAGAGUUUAGUAAAAUUGCAUCAUCGAGCUUUUAGUUAACCAAAAAGCUGCAUUUUUCUUUUGUUCUCUGCUUGUAAUUUGGAUGCUAGGCCUUGGCAUCAUGGCUUCUUCUUUAGUUACCUUUCAGUUUGUACAUACAAUACCAUCUGCUGAAAGGUAUAUAAUAUAUAUAUAUAUAUAUAUAUUCAUAUGUUGCCACAUAAAUUCAA